GAUACUCAACUGUCGCAAUGUCUACCUCCGAGCUCGCCACCUCCUACGCAGCCCUCAUCCUCGCCGAUGACGGUGUCGACAUCACUGCCGACAAGCUCCAGUCCCUGAUCAAGGCCGCAAAGAUCGAGGAGGUUGAGCCCAUCUGGACAACUCUGUUCGCUAAGGCUCUCGAGGGCAAGGAUGUCAAGGACCUGCUCCUGAACGUCGGCUCUGGCGGCGGUGCUCCCGCUGCUGGUGCUGCCGCUGGCGGCGCUGCCGGCGGUGACGCCGCUGAGGCCGCUCCCGCUGAGGAGGAGAAGGCUGAGGAGAAGGAGGAGUCCGACGACGACAUGGGCUUCGGUCUUUUCGACUAAGCGUCUUCUCUCCUCCUUUCUUUCGCCAUUUGCCUUUCUCGGGGUUGCUCAACACGGAUCAACGGUGCAUAUUCCCAUUGCUGGGGUGGAAAUAGUCACGACCUUUCAGUGACACGGCUUGCAUACCGGCCGAACCGGAACACGAUGACGGCGUCAUGAGAUACGUAUAGGUCGGCAGGUCAAUGGAACAAAUCCAAAAAGUGCAAAAGCUGGAGCCACCUUGUGAUGUGUUGGGUUUCUCCAGACGAUCUGGCUUUGUGCGGCAUGGCUACAACCGAAGAGAUUACGACGUAGCUGGGUCUCCUCCGCGAUGUCCGCUCAAUGUGAUCGACUACUCAAUCGCUC